AUGGUAACAGUUGUCCAAGAUGUAGUCGACAAUGAUUUUCAUGUAGCUAGUCUUAUAGAAGCAGGGGCCACCAUUUUCCGCAUCAACUGUGCACGUGGUCCAUGUGUGGUGAAAAUAUCCCCCGUGAAGAAUGUCGUUGGAGGUGUGAUAUGUCCAGCCAAAGUUUGGCUUUCUCCCCAAGGAACAGGUCUGCCACCGCCUCAUGUAUCUCCUGAUGUAAUUUUGCACAUGAAUGGCCAAGAAUUUCAAAGUAAACUAGAAGUAGAUGAUUCAGUGAGAUUUUGCGAUGCACAUGGAAAGCUGAGGGCACUCGGGAUUUUGAGCAAGUAUCCUACUUCUUCUGGGGUUGGAUUCAUUGCUGAGUGUAGGAAGACUGAGUUUGUUGAAUCUGGUACUGUACUCCGUAUGAAGGAGAAGGGAAGAAAAUCUUCAGUUGGAUUUGUUAUAGAUGUUCCCCCUGCAGAGCAAUUUCUGAACACGCUGACUGCUGACAUGGUGGCUAUUUCAUUUGUCCGAGAUGUUCACAAUAUUGUCGUGUUGCUAGAAGAACUUGCAAAGACAAGUUCUGGAGUUCCCUCUAGAGCUGAAAUUACCAAUGCAGCUAAAGUUCUAGUUCACUUAUGA